GUUCGUAGUGCAACCUCGCUUUUCAUAGUGUCCAAUGAAUUCACCCUUACAUCUGGUUCCAGUCUUCCUCCCAUGGCUGCUGCUUCUCUUUGCUCUUUGUGUCGGCCCCACACCUCUAUCAGCACAGAGAUCUACUUACAUUGUCCACAUGGACAAGUCCUUCAUGCCCUCUGCUUUUCCCACCCACCACCACUGGUACUCCUCCGCCGUUGACUCCCUAACCAUCCCAUCCAACGGCGGUCUCCGUUCUUCUCCCAAGCUCGUCUAUUCUUACGACAAUGUUCUUCAUGGAUUCAGCGCUGUUAUGUCAGAGAAUGAGCUCAACGUCUUAAAGAAGUCCCCUGGCUUCGUUGCCGCUUAUAAAGAUCGGACCUUUGAGCUUCAAACCACAUAUACUCCCGCUUUCUUGAAGCUUAAUCCGGAAACAGGGCUAUGGCCGGCGUCCAAGUUCGGUGAGGAUGUGAUAAUCGGCGUGAUUGACUCCGGUGUGUGGCCGGAAUCUAAGAGCUUUAGAGACGACGGGAUGCCGGAGAUUCCCAUGAGGUGGAAGGGGAUAUGCAAGGCAGGAACGGAUUUCAAUUCCUCCUUGUGCAACAGAAAGCUCAUCGGAGCUAACUAUUUCAACGCCGGAGUUCUCGCCGCCAACCCGGGAGUCAACAUAUCGAUGAAUUCCGCCCGCGACACCGACGGCCAUGGCACACACACGGCAUCCACCGCCACCGGGAACUACGUCGCCGGCGUCUCCCACUUCGGCUAUGCUCCGGGCACGGCGAAAGGAGUGGCGCCCCGUGCUCGUUUGGCGGUUUACAAGGUCAGCUGGGAGGAAGGGGCUUUUACUUCAGACCUCAUCGCCGGUAUGGACCAGGCCGUCGCCGACGGCGUCGACGUAAUUUCAGUCUCCAUCGGAUACCGCUUCAUUCCCCUGUACGAAGAUUCCGUCGCAAUCGCGGCUUUCGGAGCAAUGAUGAAGGGUAUUCUCGUCGCAGGAUCCGCCGGAAACAGAGGUCCUAAUGUCGGUACUGUUAACAACGCCGCUCCUUGGAUAUUGACGGUUGGUUCCGGCCACACUGACCGGUGGUUCGCCGGGACGCUGAAACUGGGGAACGGGCAUACAAUCAGGGGAUGGAGCUUGUUCCCGGGGAGAGCACUGGUGAAAAACGACAAUCUCGUUUACAACAAAACGGUUUCCGCCUGUGAUUCGUCGGAGCUUUUAGCCGAAGUCCCAAAUCCGGCGGGUACUAUUCUCAUUUGCGAGAAACCGGCGAACGAAGACCCCACGUUUAUCUCAUCACAAGUGGAUGCAAUUACUAAAGCUGGAUUUCAUGCCGCCGUCUUCAUCAACGACGACCCCGGGAUUUUCCGGUCAACGGUUUUUCCCAAUCCCGGAGUUUUCAUCAGCCCCAAAGAAGGGAAGGAAGUGAUCAGCUACGCGAAAUCCGGGAAAGACCCACGCGCCACCAUCACAUUCCAAGAGACAAUCUUUGGGAAAAAACCAGCACCGGCGGUUUCAGCCUCUUCCGCCAGAGGUCCGUCCCGGAGCUACCUGGGGAUUUCGAAGCCGGAUAUAUUGGCACCGGGGGUUUUGGUUCUGGCUGCCUAUCCCCCGAAUAGUUUCGCGGUGACGGUUGGGAGCAACAUUCAGUUGGGCGCAGAUUACAUACUUGAAUCGGGGACGUCGAUGGCCUGUCCGCACGCCGCCGGAAUCGCCGCUAUGCUCAAAGGGGCACACCCCACUUGGAGCCCUUCAGCAAUUAGGUCUGCCAUGAUGACAACGGCUAAUACAUUGGAUAACUCACGAAAACCAAUCAAAGACGCCGACGACGGCUCGGUCGCCACUUCUCUGGAUAUGGGUGCGGGUAUGGUCGACCCGAACAGGGCAGCUGACCCGGGUCUCGUCUACGACGCAACGCCCCAAGACUACAUCAAUCUCCUAUGCUCAAUGAAUUUCACGGAAGCUCAGUUCCGAAGCAUUGCGAGAUCCUCGGGCGCCCACAAUUGCUCCGACCCGAACCCAGAUUUCAACUACCCGUCCUUCAUUGCUCUGUAUCCUAUGGGGGGAGACAAUGGAGUAUUCAAUUGGUUGGUCCGGACAUUCAAGAGGACCCUCACGAAUGUCGGGCUGGGUCCGGCUACGUACACGGCUAAGCUAGUAGUGCCUGAGAAUUCUACGAUGUCGGUGGCUCCCAGCAGGUUGGUGUUUCGGAAGAAGAACGAGAAACAGAGCUACAUUUUGAGGAUGCGUUAUAGAGGUGACGAGAAACAGAGCAAGUAUUCGGGUUCGGUCACUUGGGUUGAAGUCAACGGGUCACACUCGGUUAGGAGUCCGGUUGUGGUGUCAAAUACAGUUGACAUUUGGGAGUGAAGAAGAACUUGGUGGAGAGCUAGGUUCAAUAUGAAUUCUAAGUUUCAAUUCUUUUGGAGCAAAACAUUUUCCAUUAACGUUUUUUAUAUGAGAAUUUACCCAAAAUAGGACUAAAAAGGUUUGGAAAUUCCAAAAUAUGACUGACAUGUUUUUAUUUCCAAAAUAUGACUAAUUACUUCCAUGUUUUGGCAGUACCACACUUCAAACAUGGCACUAUUUUUCAAACUUGACAGUAAUUACUCCUGCUUUGGGAAUAAAAACAUGACAGUCCUAUUUUGGAAUUUUCAAACUGUUUUAAUCCUAUUUCGGGAACUUUCCCUUUUUAUAUCUUCUUGUAAGAUUCCUUUGAGUAAGAGUGUGACACCGUACCCGAACGUCCUUGAAAAUUUGAUUUAAAAUUCAAAGUUUAUGUAUUGAAUUUCCGAUAUCCAAACAAUUGUAAAGCGAUUAAUGUUUUAUGAAAUUAAUGAUCGAUUAUUGUACUAUUCGAACUCGUAUAUUAGUGUCG